AUGAACCCAAUACCUACGCUACCUAUUACAGAUAGGGUGUUGAAAAGUGACGAUAUAAAAAAGCGUGAAAGAUUCCUUGACUUGAUAGAGAAAAUUGAGCAGAAUACCGGAGAAGUAUUUGUUUUAAGUAUUUUACAAAGUUAUGGCGAAGAGCUUGAGAUACUAGCGGGUUCAGCUUGUAUUCUCAAAUAUCCAAUUCCAAACCUUGACGAAAUUCUCGAAGAUGACGGAAAUAUGCAAGAUUCUAACUGA